CCGGAGGAUGCAGUGCGUUUCGGCUGUGGAGGCGGCGCUGCACAUCCAUCAUGUAUGUGUGGAUGAGUGCAAGUUAGGCCUGGAACAACCCCAUGCAUGAAUGAGGUGGAUGCUGAAAGCUACGACGAUGGCGUACACCAGGCCACCCAAACCACGACUGCAAGAAGCAGCUGCCACGACCCAGCAGCGUACACAGACCGUGUGCUGGAUGCCACUGCUUCCCUCGUCACCAGCUUGGCACACGCGCACCUGAACGGCAGAGAAGCGGGCGUGCUCAAUGUUACCGUCGUAGUUGGGUCUUGGCUGGCUGCUCGAGAGGAGGAUGUACGUGCGGCAAAGCAAUGGGCUGCAAAGUUUGCUCUGCCCAACAGCUUGGCGGUCAGUGGGGGCGACAUGUUUGAUGCCGCCUCGUGGAAACACGCCACAAACAACGACAGCACACGCGCCCCUCUCGUCGCCCAGCUCGUUCGGCAUCUGCUCUCCACAGUACCCGACCAACACCUGCCAAGCACUCAUGCAGCGCAGGACGCCAGCACCAGAUUGGCGACGGACCAGUGCGAUGACCCCAUCGCAGCCCAGCACUUCCUCGUCGACAACAACGCGGAAGACAGGGGAGAACAAGAAGAAGAAGAUGAUGAUGAUGAUGAGGAGGAGGAGGAGGAGGAGGAGGAGGAGGAGGAGGAGGAGGAGGAGGAAGGCAAUGCCACCGCAGCAGAUGUACACGUUGAGCGAGCGUGCAGUGGCCAUGAAGCUGGUACUGAGGACAGUCGUGCGGUCCAAAGCCAGGACGAUGCAGGUUGCAACAGCAAGCAGCCAACGCGGCGCACGGACACCAACUCCACGCCAAUCUGCUUCCAUCAUUUGGCAGUGCAACAUGAGAGCCACUUGACUCGAGACAGCCUGUACCCCUGUCCCACAACUUUUGUGCCGCACAGUGCACACGAUCUCUACGGAAACCGCUUCUACUCCGGCCCCGUGCAAGUGCGGGAGAGCCCCCUACACCUGUUCUGUGCGGGGGCGAUGGCGCACGUGCUGCGGGUGCUGUGGCGGGUGAAACAGCGUGGGCUCCACGUGCGGACUCGCGUGCUGUUCUUCGGCGGCGGACGCACGGCAAAGGGCGAGGCGCAGAUGCUCAUCCACCCACACGCCGUCUGGUCCAUGCACGGGCGAACGCCAGCACCACCUCAUGAGCCUGCUGCUGUUCGCGAUAACGACGACGAUGGUGGUGGUGGUGGUGACGACAACUACUACGAACAUGGUGCUGGCAUCACUGUGCUCAUCAUCACCACACCCACAACACCUGAUCCUGGUGCCACGCUUGCCCUCGAUGCCGCUGAGCCUACUUCCAACAGGCUCGCGGGCUGUGACCAGCCGCAGGAGCAACAGCAUGGCAACGAUGUGGCGCCAAGUGUGAGCGACAACGCUGUGCCAUCGCCCAAGCCACCACCAACACCAGAACCAGCAUCAGAACCAGAGCUCGCGCCACCCACUAACGAAGCUGCUGACAGCUCGCCAGGCGACACUGGUGGCACCGACACGCACGAAACCAGUGACUGCAACACACUCUGCGGCGACCAGGAGCACCCGGCCAGCUCCAUCACGCAGCGCGCCAACGACCUUCUCGUGGGCCGACGAAAGCACGCUCUUGAGGUGCAGCAACACGACCCUCUCACUGAAAUCCAGCACACUAGUGACCACCCCGAAGCUCCGCAGGCGGAGCAAGGCACAAGUGCGCUGGACACGGCAGUUGAUCAUCAAGACGCAGCUCAUGCCAGCCCGAGUCAUGCCCAACUCGAGAACAGCGCUCAGACGGGUGACUGGACCCACAGCGACAGCAGCUGCUCCUUCGCCAGUGACGCUGUGCUGACGCAGAAUCGAGAAGCGAAUGCGAGAACAUUGAUAGAAGAAGAAGGAGGCGGCAUUGGCCUUCCGUUUCAAGUCGGUGUCUGGACACUCGGUGCCGCAUUCAUCCUCCUCCAGCUCAUCAUCUCCUUUCUUCUCUGUCCAAGCCAGACCACCCACCUCUUCCUGGUCUUCCUUGGCCCGUUCUUUGACUGGGUGACGGCCGAGCACGGGAGUGGCGAUGCCAAGCAUGACCUCGGCCCCCGCCUGGACACGCGACCCGCACGCUCCAUCCUCAAGACCGCGCGCAGAACCGCCGACGUGAAUCGGCACGUGGUGGAGGACAUCCUCAAGCAGGUGUCAGCCGUGUACGAGGCAGCAGACCGGGAACAGGACAGUGCUGAUACCGCGGCCCACGCUGCUCCGGCCACAGGUCACCAGCACCACAGCCACGACCACAACCAUGGGUCACGUCACCGCAGGCGCCGCCAUCGACGUGCAUCGAAGCAGAAGCGGCGCCGGCGACGGAGUGGUGCGGCCCUUGCUGAUGCCAGCGGCACGGGCGAUGAUGGCAGCAGUGGAGAUGUGAGCGCCUCAGCUGUCUCUCGGCGCGACAGUUUGAGCAGCAGCAGCAACGCAGACGCUGAUGACAGUAUCCGCCACUGUGUACGGACAAUGACCAACGAUGGGGGCAGCGAAUCCGAUUCCAUGGCACAGUCAUUGCCACAGCAUGCGAGUGCUGACCCCACCACGAGCACAGAUGCAGCCACCACCACCUCACCCACCUCGAUUGCCACAGUCGACGCAGCGAACUCGGCCGUCCCAUCUGUCACGGUGUCAUCUGCCGCCACCGACACUGCACGAGAUGGCACAGGUGCCGAUAAUGCAGGCGCUAACGUCGUGAAGCCGCAGCGUGUUGGUGUUCCGAUCAGCGAUGCUGAUGAUGAUCAUGAUCAUGAGGCCGAAAACAAUGCCAAUGACACUGCUAGGGACGGGGGCGACCGCCGUGAACAAGGUGGGUCGCACCAGACAGUGGGCUGCGCUGUCGCCAGUGUUGACGGUGGCGCUGUUCGACAGAACGAUCAUGGUGACGACGGUGGCGACGACGGGCGCAGUGAUUAUGACGGCGACGAUAGUCGUGAGGUUCGUCAUGAGAGCGACGACAGCAUCGCCGCUGACAGUGGUGACAACAGCACCACCACCUCCUCGCUGCACGAUAGCGAAAGGAUGGGUGGUGACAGCAGCGAAGUACAGGUGCAGGACGCAAGAGCACGCGGACGCCAACCACGGCGAUCAAUGACACCAGAGACAGUGCAUGACACACCCGCUGCCCGAAGCCGCCACCGCCCGCCUGGGAGGCGCCACACACGCACGCGCGCAGGCAAGGCGAAGAAGAGUGAUACGGGCGGUGAUGAGGACGGAAGCUAUGGCACUUCCGGCGGCAGUGAUGACGGCCCUGUCCCGAUUGCGGUGCAGCUGCAGGCCAUUCAGCGCGCCGCCGAGCUGUGGGCGGAUCUCAUGGCCCAGCACGAGGGACUCGCAGACGGCAGCGGCAGCAGCGGCAGCAGUGCUAUUCCCGUUGGCAUUACGCUGGGUGACGAUGACGACAUGUGGGGCCACAGUUGGGCUGGCGACGGUGGAGAGCACCGCCACAGACGCAACUCGUGGCUGCACCUUGACAGCGAGCGCAUUGCGCAGCAGCGGACGCUGGUACAGGCCCCGCGCACCGGUGGCCGCUGGAGCACGGUUGCAUUCACCACGAAGCCUCCAGAUGUGUUUGAGACAUACGCUGCCUGGGAGUAUGACCGUCGAAGUGUUCCCGUCACAUACUCGUUCCUGGCUGAUGAAGAAGAGCUGAGCGGCACUGGCACGGCAUCAGGCGCCUCCCCGCGCGGCCGCAUCAGUGCUGCCAGCAUCGCCAGCCAGCGGCAGGGCUCGCCGCACGCCUCCGUCUACAGGCUUGAGGCCAUCCCAGAGGAGGAGGAAGGGACGUUGCGGCUGCACCAGCAACACCAGCAGCAGGGGUUCAAGGGUGACAGUCGCGCUGAAGUGCAAGACAGUGCUGGUGGUGGUGGUGGUGGUGGUGGUGACGAUCAAAGCGCUGGGCUUGGUACAGCACGUCAGGGUGUGACGGUAGCUGCUGGAGUGUGCAUUGGAGUGGAUGAAGUCGAGAAGGCGAAUGAGGCACCACUGCAGCAGAAGCAAAUUGCAACUCAGGCCAAAGGAACCAGCACACACGCAAACUCCACGUCACCAUCAGCAACAGCGCCGCCGUCAUCCUCUGCGUCCUCCCUUGAGCCAACGUCAUGUCAACCGGCCGCAACAGUGAGCCAAGCCAAGGCCAUGGACACCACUUCGGCGCCUAUGCACCCCGGUGCUGACACGCAACAGGCGCCCAUCAUCAAUAUGACGCAAGCGGACGGCAGUGUCGAUGACGACGACGACAGCAGCAGCAGCAGCAGCAGAACCACCACUGAAGCCGCAGUAAAGGGGAAGCGCAAUGCCGUGCACGGCGAACAAGCAGGCGUGACCAACAACAAUAGUCGCGACCAUGCCCGCCACCGGCAUCAACGCGACCACGAAGAAGGCGAUGGCGAGCAGACAAACCACACGGUCACAGCCGCCACAACAGCCGCCAUCGUCGCCAAUAACACCACCAGCAACACCAGCAACACCACCAGCACCAGCACGAGCCACGCUCAGCUUGAGGGUUCGGAUGAUCAUGACGACCACCAUCACCAUCAUCGCCGUCGCGGCCGCCGCAGCCACCACGAACACCGCCGCCGCCGUGAUCGCCACAGCCACGACAGUGCCCACGGUGACAGCAGCGCUCACGCGGUUGCUGACAAGAGCGAUGGCCGGCGCACACGAAUGCCCGGUCUGGUCACGACAUCCUCCAUCGCUGAGGAUGCGCACAUGUCUGUGCUUCCCUUUGUGACAGCACACGACGUGGACGAUGACGAUGCAGCGUCCUCUCUUGAUGGCUCCAUCUUUUCGCUGCACGAUGUAUUUGGAGACGACGCGAGCUUCGAUGAACGUCACCAUAGCCAGCAGCAAGCGGAGCGUGGCCGUCGUGGCAGCGGUGGCGGCAGUGCGCACCGCCGCGACGACAACCCACCACGAGCCGCUUUAACUGAACGCUCACGCACUGACUCAUCCCCACACUCCUCAUCAUCAUCAUCGCCCUCGGUAUCGGGCUCAUCUUCAUCGCCAUCACAACCGCCAACACCAGACGCACGCGCACGGCAUGCACCAUCACUCCCACCAGGAACAAAGACAACGAGAGCAGCAACGUCAUCAACAAGAACAUUAAGGAACGCACCGCCGUCGCCAACAUCGACCCGCGCCAUCUCUGCCACCCGCCGCGCCCUGCUGCGCCGUCAGCCCAGCGUCGAUCUCGAGUCGUGGGAGCUCAAGACCGAGGACACAACACGGCGGACCCGUCUCACCCGUGGCCGGUCGCCACGCGUCUCCACGUCGCUGUCACCGCCGCUAUCACCUGUACUGCCGCGUGCUCCCUUUGCGCCCUCGCCCCGCUCUGGCUCCGUCUCUCCAUCAAUUUCUCCAGACCCAACCGCUGAGCGGCGUGCACUGCUCACAUCCCCGCAGGCGGGCGGCCUAGGCGGUCACGAUGACAGCGGCGGUGGCAGCAGCAACGAGGGUGACGUCGGUGCGGCGGACGAGUGGUCCGAUGACGAUCGCAUUGGAUCCGGCGCCGAUGACACAGCCGAUACGGCACUGGGCCAACUUCGUAAACGACUCUCCUCACUCGAGGUGUUUACGACAGCUGCGGACCAACAGACGCAAGACCGCAUCAUACAUCGUUGGGAACAGCUGCAACGUGAGAAGCGGCGACGGCGAGCGGCCAUCCAGGCAAGUCGCCAGGCCACGCUCGCACGCGUCGAGAAGGAACGCAAGGAACAGCAGAAAGAGAACAGGCAACAGGCUCUCGAACGGGCGCUGCGGUGCCGCUCGCUGUCCACACGGUCGUCAACAAGCGAGAACGGCGCAACUGCGGCGUCCCUCCUGCCACCACGGCCAAGCACCGCCAUGGGUGCUGGCGAUGCGCGGGCGCGCCGGCCACACCGCCAGCGUAACGCAAGCGAGGACGGCCUUGGGGCCACGUCCCCGCCCCGUCAUGCUGCCCUGGGUCGACGAUCUGCGUCAUUGUCGUGGGCAGAUUGUGCCAUUCCUCGGUCAAGGACAUCCACGCACGCUGCUGUGGAAUUGUCACCGCCCUCGGCACCUGCGUCUCCCUUAACGUCUCGCCACGCAACGCACAAGGCUACUGCACAAGUAACAGGCACGCCAUCACCGGGCAAGCGCGCACAGCUGCAGGCUGGAAAUGCGCUCGUGGCUGGAGCGACACCAGUAGCCACAUCGCUCAGCCCGCAUCCAACGGCACAACCAUCCGGCCGGGCUCGGAGCUCCUCCCUUCCCUCUGUCGCCUUGACCAUCACAGAUGACGACUCGGAGUGAUGGAACUUGCCUGCUGCACACGCUGCAUGGCUCUCUUCAUUCUUCACCUUCACGUAUGUUCAGAACGACUAGCUCGAUCUUGUUAAUUUAAAACUGCGCCGUGUUCGCCGUUAUAUUGUGUGCGUGUGUGUGUGUGCUUUGCGCCGUGUAUUUUGCGCUGUGUUUUGCUUGGCUGGUGUGGAGUUGAAAUACAAACAUGCGAAC